GCGUCUGUUUCGGACAGUUGGAUGGUUACGGUAUGGCUGAUGUAGGUCUAAGUUUAGAUGACAUAAUUAAAAAAUCAAAAUCAUCAGGAAUGAGAAGCAGAGGUGGAGGUGUUCGAAGAGGAAUUAAUAGGGGUGCACGUGCUAAUGGUUCAUUAAGAGGUCGAGGUUCACAAGUAAUCACUGAUGCACGAUUUAAGAUUAUACAAAAAAAUCGAGAGAAGCUUACAGAUGCAAGAGAUAAACUUGCUGAAAUUGCCAAACAAAGUGAUGCUAGAUUAAAAUUAGAUAAAAUUCGUGCAUCCCAAUUAAAAAAGAUAGAACCACAAAUACCUGGAAUAUCUCGAAAAACUGGUCGCAAUGGAAGACUGUCCCUAUCAACUAAUAAAAUGCCUCCAAUUAUGCCUCAUACUAUAACACCAAAUAUUCCAAAUAAUUAUAUGCCUCCACCUAUGAGGUCAGUGGGUUAUAGGCCACCUCCACUUGCAGAAUCUCAUUAUAUGGGAGACAUGAACAUGGAUUAUUCUGAUGAAUACAUGAUGGAAACAGCACCUUUAAGAAGGACAGUAAGUAAUGAAUAUGCUCCCACACCACCUCCCCCACCUCCUGUAUUCAGUAUUAAGCCUGCAUCUUCAUACACAUGGGUAAAACCAACAACAACUAAUGUAACAAGAAUGGUACCCUCCCGUAAGCCAGAAGUUGAUAGAGAACGUGAAAGAGGAAGAGAUUACAAAGUUAUUGCACGUUCUUCAAUGGCAAAAUCUACUUGUCCCCCAUACAAAGAAGAUUGGAGUUUUGGCACAAAAUCACGGACUAUAUUAGCAGAAGAUCCAGUAGAUUCAAAGUAUUACGACUCAAGGAGUCACAGAGACGUUGGAGUAAAGUCAAGAUUAGAUUCAGUUUCAAAUAAAUCUCGAACUAUGGGUGUUUUAUCUCGGUCUAAAACAAGUUCCAGUUCCUCGUCACAAUCUACUGGUUAUCGAAUUGUAGUAUCAAACUUACAAGCAAAUGUGACUCAAGAAGAUAUCAAGGAACUAUUUGAAGAUGUAGGAGAAUUAUUAGUAUCCCGAUUAGUACGACCCGGUACAGCGGAAGUAAUUUAUAAGACAUUAAAGGAUGCUACUAAAGCUGUUGAAACUUAUCAUAAUAGACAGUUAGAUGGUCAUCCAAUGAAGUGUCUUCUUGUGAAUCCACGACCAAAAAAUAAUCCAACAGGUCCAGCUGUUAGGUCUCUCACAGAAUCCAGAAGAAGCGUUAGUUCAAGUUAUGUACAGCCAAGUUUAGGUGCAGUGCAUCGUGCAUUGUUCGAUGAUUCUUAAUUAAAUAUGUAUGAAUUUUAUUCAGAAUUUGUCACAUAUAAUGGCAGAGAAUUUUAUUCCAAAUAUUUCUAAAACAAAAUAAAAAUGGGAAAUCGGGAAGGAAUCAAGAGAUUAAAAGACAAGUACAUAAUACAUUGAGAAAUGAGUUCUCAGUGGAAUUUGUAUCUAUAAAACAUCACAUAUUUUAAUUUUGAUUUAUAUACAUACAGUACGCCUCAAUAAUUGAACGAAAUCGACAUAAUAACAAAUGAAUUGAAUGUAAUUAUAAAUGAUG